AUGAUGCAGCAUCUGCUUGCUGAGAGCGCAUCAAGGGAGACGGCUUUGAAUGCUGCUCAGGCAACGCCUACGGCAGCUUCGCAUGCCCCUGCAAUUCCGGGCGUGGUAGUGGUCGCGUUUGCGGGGGACCGUGAGUCUCAGAACCACCGGGAAUCCGCAAACUCUAGACACCGACUUGAUGUUAGAUAUAGGCAGCAACAGGCGCAGCAGGACCAGGACCAGAUUUCUCAGCGGGAGCAGCACUACAUGGACCAACUGCCACCGCAAACAUCAAGUCCACUGGUCUUAAAGGGAAGCGUUCGGUACUCCUUUGCCACACGAACUGUUGAGGGCUGCCAGUCGCAGAGCCUGAGCAACGGACCGGUGCAUCCAGACAACUUCAACAGCACUGCUGCCGCCCGCAGCAAGCUAAGCAGUUGUAGUGGCGGCAGCAGCUUAAGCAGGGAUAGCAAGGGUAACCGCGCCACAGCUGCCUCCUUUUCUUUGGGGGAAGGUUCAGCUCCAUCUUGCAACGGCGUCUCUGACAGCGCUUGCCGGAAGUUAUGUGGCAUAGAGAUAGGCAGCAGUGGCAGUAGCAGCAGCGGGAGCAGCGACGGCAGUAGCGGGAGCACCAUCAACUGUAGCAGCAAGACCAGAAGGGGCAACAGCAGAAGUUCCAGUGAUGGCCACUACAAGAUUCCACCUUCCUCAUCGGGCUCAGCAGCCAACACGCCCUCUUUGGUGUUCACAAAGGAGCCCUUCGACGGUGCUAGCAGAAGCGUCAGUCCCCGAGACAUUACCUUCGGCAGUAACACCAGCAACGGCAAGAGCAGCAGCAACAGGAGCUGCCGGGACAACAGCAGCAGCGUUAGUGGCGAUUCUGAGAAGAAGCAACACAUUUCACUACUUUCUGCAUCCGACAUUGCAGUGCUGCUACGCGACUACGCCGCUUUUGUCCAGCGAACACAGCGGCAGCUGCAACAGCUGCAGAAGCUUGUGCAGCAACAGCAAUGCCUAGGGUCUACGCGGGUCGGUUUAUGCGAGCAAACUUCGACUGGAAAAAGCCCUUAUGUGCGGCAGCAGUGUCAGGGGGAACAACAGCACCAGCAACAGCAGCUCGACGAGGCAAGAGUUUUGCGGCGGUUUAUUGCUGAAGGAGCUGUUGUUUGCCGCUCCUUACACUCUCGCCUAUGUUUGUUGCUUGCGGACGCACCUUCAACCGCGGUUGCUGCUGCAGGCGGCGAGUUGAUGCUGCGCAAGCUGCGCCGCGACUUUGCGCAGCAGCAGCAACAAUACGCACAGAUGCUGAGGCUGCUGAGUUCUGCAGAAGAGGUACUUUGUGAGCCAGCCGAAUCGGCGGACCAACAUGAGGUAGAAGCAACACUUACCAGCACCAGCAACACAAGCAGCAGCAGUUUUGGAGGUAAUCUCCCGGGACCAUCUUCUGCCGGUGGGCCUGCUCGCAUUGUUUGGCACAGCGGACACCAGGGCUCUCCAUGCAGUUUGCCAGUGGACUGCCUCCAUUUCGAGGAUCCUCAGCGACAGAGACAGACCAAAAGCAUCUCGUGGGUCUCCGAGGGGAACCAUUUGGGUACUGCUUCAUGUGGAGCUGUGGAUAGCUGCCUGCAGCACGCAGAGAGGAGCCUGUGGCCGCACGGCUCUACAGGUGCCCUCCCUCCCCUUCUCAUUGGCCCUAGUGACGCGCGAAGAAGCGCUGCAGAUGAUUCUCCACAGGAUGACUUGUGGGAACCAGCGGCCUUGAUAGAAGUUCACGAGGACUAUGAGAAGCAGCAAAUCAUCAGUGAAAGGAAGCAGCAGCUGCAGCAGCUGCAGCAGGUAGAACAUUGCGUUACUGUACUGCGGGAGCUGCAGUUGCACGUUGCAUCAGACGUAGACAAAGGCAGUCAGCGGCUGAAUGCAGUAGAAGAAGAGACGGAAGCCGCAGCAGACCAUACUGCGGCAGGGGUGGGAGAGCUCGCUGCCGCAGCACGCAGCAAAACACGUUGGUGGGGGGUCCAAGGAGGCGGUGCUGCAGCUCUAGUUGGUGUUAGCGUCGGUGCGGUGGCAGGAGGUCCCAUUGGGGCGGCUGUAGGGGCCAUCGUGGGUGCUGUUGCUGGACUAUCUUCAGGCGCCGCGUUGCGGGGAAGACACCGAGAAAGGGUGAAUGCUGCUGAAAGAUCUGUGAGGCGCAGGAGGGCCCAGCGUCUGAAACGCUCUUCAGUCACUUUAGCAACGGGGGCUAUGAACACCACCCAGAGUACUGCAGGUCGGGUCGCUGCUCCAAGGUCUCCUAACCAGACAUCGGGGGCCCGUACGCAAGCAGGCGCAAUUAGUUGUAUGCCCCCUUUGUGGAACUUUGGGAGGGAUUUUCGCAGUAGCAGCGGAGCAGGACCCUGCGAUGCACCAGCUACUACGGAGGGACGAUACCCAAGGCCGCCUCCAAAGGCAGCUGAAUCACGAGGAGGCACUACAGCGCCCAGGUGCGUACCUUGGGUGGGAGGGCCUGCCCAUUACGAAGGCGCUGGAGCUGAAGCAAAGGGAGUGCUGCAGGUAGGUCAAUCAAACCGUGCUGCAGGGAGGCGCAGGCAAAGGAACCACGCUGGCCCUCGUCUCGUUGCAGUGCAAACGACACUUGGCGCAACUGGCGUACUGCCUGUUUUUCAGUUCUUCCCUGGAUAA